GGUCAGACACCAGGGGGCCCAAUGUCGACAUUGACCUGCGUCUUUCCAACACCUAGAGAUAAAUGUCCAGACGAUGAAUGAUGUAUGAAAUGAGUAAACUGGUAGAUAUGCCUUAUGCCAGCUUAGACAAGAACAAGAAAUAUGUGUAGUUCAUGCCUUCAAGAACAUGUGCUUGAUACUUUGAUACUUUAUUCUGUCCAUUAGCUAACUAACAUACUUUAUAACCAAAAUUUUCAACCAAGGAUUGAUGUGUUAUAGAUACAGAUAACGUUACAGAAUAUCAGGUUCGAUUUCCUACUGAACAUUGCCUACUAGUACUUUGCCACACCUUUUAGGAUACCAAUGGCCCACGCAUGGGUCCAGUCAAUUUGAUUUGAAUAAUAGCGAUGGUUUCCGACCGAGGCCGGACGUCCGACAAAAUUCACGGAAGUCACAGUUGACAAUGCUUAACAUCCUACGCGCAUUCCACCUGUCAUCUAUAUAAGGUUGCUGCAAGCCGUCGGUUGUUUCAAUGUAGUAGCUCUCUUUACCUGCAUCCCAUCCGAGCACUUUUUAGUUAGGGACAAGGUGAAAGAUGGAACGUUUGCCGAUUUGCUUGAACUUUUGUUUUCUGGCUGUGCUUCCAUUGUUACAAGUACUGGGCCAGGCUGAGGCGCUCCCGUUAUCCCUGGUAGAAGAAGACACGCCACAGAAUUUUUCAUUGCCAGCAGAGGUAGUCAACGUCGUAUGUAAGGCGAACUGUGGCACAGGUAAUUCAACGGCAAAACUCCCUGUCCAAGCACUGAUCAACAAGUUGUGUGAGCAGGCGGGUAUAGUGGAUAAGGGCGACUCUGGAGAUUGUCAGCCCGCUGUGCCUGACGUGAUGCCACUGCUCACCGACUGCUCCAAGAUAUUCCGUUACCUAAAGGGGGCGAAUAGAAUCCCUAGUGGACCGUGGAGAAUCAAGCCUGACAACAUGGAAACCUCUGUGGAAGUUUACUGUGAGAUGGAGGCUGACCAAGGCGGCUGGACGGUCAUACAGAACCGGUUUGACGGCUCAGUCAACUUCUACAGACGAAUCGGGGACUACAGGCACGGCUUUGGUGACAUCGCCGGAGAACACUGGCUCGGUCUCAAAGUUUUACACGCACUCACGGGGGGAGAUACUAACUACGAGCUACGUAUCGAGUUGGAAGAUUGGGGCGGCAGUUCGGCUUGGGCUAAGUACAGCAAGUUUAAAAUCGCCGGAGAGAGAGAGAAAUACAAGUUAACUGUCAGCGGCUACGAAGGCAACGCUUCGGACUCCUUCGUUUACAACUCCCAGCAGUGUGGUUUCAGUACAAGGCAGGACGACAGCCCGUAUCGUCACUGCGCAGAAGAACAAGGAGGUGGGUGGUGGUACUGCUCACGUGUCUGUGAGAGAUCGAGGUCGAACCUGAAUGGGCCAUACUUCAAACCUGAUCACUACCGACAUGAAGAAAACACGGGCCUUGGUGUGUACUGGAAGGGAUGGAAGGCACACUCACGAGAACACUCACGAGAACACUAACGAGAUUCUCUCAAGGCCACCAGGAUGAUGAUUAGGCCGAGUGAUUUUCUAGAUCAGAUCGCAAAGUAAGUAACGUUAGAUUUAAACCGGAUUCUGAAAGCGGAUUAAACAGAACGUUCGCUGUGACGAUUAAAACUGAGUAGUAACACUUCAAAUGCGAUGAGCUGUGUUAGUUUUAUGUCCUUUUAGUUACUUGUGUGAUAGUCACCGAUAAUAUAUUCUAUUUUAUUUGAAACAUUCAAGACUUUUUAUCUAGUUAUAGAUUUUUUUUGAAUAAGCAAAAUUUAGUUGCAUUACUGUUUUUUUUUUUAAUAUUAACAAUUGAUUUCUCAGUGUAAAUGAUGUCAACCAUUCAUGCAUUUCCCAGGGCCUGAGCAGUUUAAUUUAUAUUAAGUUAUGUUAUGUUAUUCCUACGAAUAAAGGUCUUAAAAGUUUCGAUCUGGUUUGAAACGGUAGUGGAGUUCUGCUUGUUUGUUUAUUUGUUUGUUUG